CUAGCCAGGGUUUUUUCCCCCAGGUGAAGCCUCCAGAGGGGCGCCAUUGAGGUUCCCAGCAUGUGUGUGCUUGCGCAACACACAAAUGCACUGGUGAAAUAAAGCCUAAUUUUGUCCCUGGCUAGGUUUAAAUGUUGCUUUAAGAGCUUUCAGUCUUGAGAUUGCUACCGGUACUCCUGUUUUGGGGAGGGACUGAAGCAGACAGGUGAAAGAGGCGUUGAAAUCAGCCUUUCCCAGCUUUGGGUCCCCAGAUGUUGUGGGACUCUAACUCCCAUCAACCCUGACCACUGGUCUUGCUAGCUAGUUGGGAUGAUGAGAGUUGUAGUCCCCCCCCAAAAAAAUAAUAAUAAUCUAGGUAGCCAAGCUUGGGAACAUCUGGUUUAAAGCACAGACCCUCCCAAAAAAUGACUGUGGGAACUGUUGUUUACCCCUUAUAGAGCUUCAAUUUCCUGUAUCUUUAAACUACAGUUCCCAGGAUUCUGGGGGACGGGGACGGGACGUGUGCUUUAAAUGGAUGGUGCAUACACAGUCAAUGUUUCAUGUGUGAGUUUUGGGGGAGUGGAGGAAGUUGUUGCCACUGCCUUUUGGGUAAUACAUUUUGCAACUUUUGCCAUCCCCAGCUGGAGCCUGAAAGGGAGUUGCUAUACCUUUUUAAGUUCCAAGCGGGAAAAGCCCACAGACUAAGCGGCGAAGAGAGAGAACAGCUGCUGCCCAAUCUCAGAGCUGUUGGAUGGAAUGAGGUGGAGGGUAGAGAUGCCAUUUACAAGGAGUUCCACUUCAAGGACUUCAAUCGGGCCUUUGGAUUUAUGACCAGAGUAGCUCUGCAAGCAGAAAAACUGGACCACCACCCUGAAUGGUUCAAUGUCUACAACAAGGUUCACAUAACCUUGAGCACCCAUGAGUGUGGAGGCUUAUCGGAGCGGGAUAUUAACUUGGCCAGCUUCAUAGAGCAAGUGGCAAACACGCUGGCUUAGAAUCAGCCAUCCUUGCCAUCUACAGUCUUCUGUUGGCCAAGCCAAUCCCAAGGGAGAAGUGUGAGAUGUUGAUGCAAAUAAUUAUUUUUAUCCAGUUGCUGACAGAGCCUUAGUAUUAGCCCAGUGCAUGAUGGUACCUGCCAUUUUAAAAAAUCGAUGCCAUUGCAUUAUUGUUUUAUGGUCAAAGCUGUCUCAUGGCAUGUUUAUUGCCUCUCAGAUUUCAGUGUGGCUACUCCGUAGUCUGUUCAAGCAGUAUUAUACCAGCACAGUAAAAAGCUACCUUUGGGGUAGGCGAGAUAUUGUCCAAAACUGGUUUGAAGUCCAUAUUGUGAUAUCCGUUUCAUAAUUUUUGAUCUGCCAAUAUAUCGUGAAUCAUGGUGUAUGUUUGUGCUAUGCAAAAAUCACACUGUGGGGACAACCGUGAAGCCAGACAAUGCCUCUACGUAGCUCCAUCUUUUAUUUUCAGACAUUGUGACAUAUUGGUCUAUUGCAGGCAUCCCCAAACUGCAGGCCUCCAGACGUUUUGGCCUACAAUUCCCAUGAUCCCUAGCUAACAGAACCAGUGGUCGGGGAAGAUGGGAAUUGUAGUCCAAAAUAUCUGGAUGGCUGAAGUUUGGAGAUGCCUGGUCUAUUGCAAUGUUUUCAGCUGGUGAUAAAACCAGGUAUCACCCCAGCCCUACCUGCGAUACAGUUAGUUACAGUCAACCUGGCUUGUGACUUAAGCAGUUUAUAAUAAACUUAUUAUCUGUCCCGUUACCCGAGUCUUACCUUCUUUCUGCCGAAGGACAUAUUCUAGAACUCCAAUGAGCAGACUGAACUCAAACCAGGCAUUUUCUCUACCAGAGCACGAUAAAUGAUCGCAUGCUUUUUGAGAAAAGCAAGGGAUGAGUGCAUGUGUGGGAUUUUAAGGCAAGCCUGCAACCUUAUCUAGCAUCCUGUUGGGUGGAGGAAGGGCACAGGACUGUCCUCCAUUGCUAUGUCCUCUUUUCAGCUUUACAGAGCUAGUGUGGUGUAGAGCGGUGGACUCGUAAUCUGGUUCACGUCUCCGCUCUUCCACAUGCAGCUGCUGGGUGACCUUGGGCUAGUCACCCUUCUCUGAAGUCUCUCAGCCUCACUCACCUCAGAGUGUGUUUGUUGGGGAGGAAGGGAAAGGAGAAUGUUAGCCGCUUUGAGACUCCUUCGGGUAGUGAUAAAGCGGGAUAUCAAAUCCAAACUCUUCUUCUUCUUCGAUGAGCAUAACUAAAUGGUUAGUGUCGGACUAGGACCUAGGACCUGGCGUGCUAUGGUCCAUGGGGUCCAUGGGGUCACGAAGAGUCGGACACGACUAAACGACUAAACAACAACAGUACCUAGGAGAGCAGGGUUCAAAUCUCUACUCAGCUUUGAAGCUCAGUGAAUGACCAUGGGCCAAUCACCAUCUCUUAAGCCUAACCCUACCUCACAGGGUUGUUGUGAGGAUGAAAUGGGGAGGAGAACCAUGUACACUGCCUCAAGAUACUUGGAAGAAAAAGGUGGCAUAUAAAUGUAAUAAAUAAAUAUGUCUCUAGGUUGAGGUGGGUGGGGUAGGGAACUAGGAUGACUUUUGGAUCCCCCAGAUCCAAACCAAUUCCUAGAAUUUCCCAUUUCUGUUUGUACCAUGUCAGAAGGGAGAGACGUCCAAGCUGUGAUGUCAGAAGGACAGAUCCAUUCUAUGCUAUGGUCCCUGGGGCCAUAGGAUUGCACCCUUUAGUAAAUCCAACGCCUAUGAGGGUUUGUCUCAAAUAUUGUACAGUGGUACCUCGGUUCCCAAAUGGCUUAGUUGUCGAACAAAUCGGCUCCUGAACCCAGAAGUGAGUGUUCCUGUUUGCGAACGUUUUUCAGAAGCCGAACGUUCUCCACAGCUUCCAAACGAGUGCAGGAAGCUCCUGCAGCCAAUCAAAAGCCGCGCCUUGGUUUUCGAACGGUUACGGGAGUCAAAUGGACUCCCGGAAUGGAUUAUGUUCGAGCACCAAGGUACCACUGUACCUGAAAGGGAAAAUGGAAUGUACUCUCACAUUUUACACUUUUGUAAAACCAAGUUAAAAACCAAUUUGGCAGCAGACCUUCAUUUGUAAUAAUACUUGAUAAUUUGUGGAAGACUGUACAAUACUUUGGAAGCAAAGGCCCCAAUGAAUCAGUACUUAUUCUCUUAAUUUGCAAAAAAGUUACCGGUGAAUGCAGCUUUACAUUUAUAAUAAUAAUGACCGCUCCCCACAUGAAAUGGGGGGGGGGUGCCUUUUGCUUGGUCGCAUGCAGCCCGCCCCCCGAUCCCAGUAAUCCCAAUAAUAUUUUUUUUAAAAAAACAAACUUUUUUCUACCCUAGAAAUUUUUUAUUUUUAAACCUGGAAUUGUAUACAUGAUGCAUGAUAAAGUAAACAUGGAUUAUGCAUUCAAAAUAAAAUAGUACCGAGACAGUAUCCUACAGGAUAUUAAAAAGUGGUAUGCAAACACAUGUUCGACUUCCUGAUUGGACUGCAAAACCCAACUCAUUUCUUGCAGAAACUGACAAAGAGUUUCAUUCCACUCUAAAACAUAAUCAGAACUACUUGGGAACACAUUUCUGGGUGAAUUAUGCACAAGGAUGUGACGGUCAAAUGUUUCCCUUUCUUAAAUGAUGCAGAACUGUCAACGUGGUGAACAGCACACAGUAGUAAGUCGUUAUGAGUUCCAUACAAGUCCAAGUUGUAUGCAUGGCUGGACUGGCUGGACUGGCUAAAUUUAAAACUAAAUCAGAAAGAUGGUUAUGGAGCGCUAAGCCAAUAUUCCCAGAAUUCACAAUAGUCAAAAGGGAAUAUGUCCCGCUGAACAAAUCAAGCUACAAAAAGGAUUCUGUCAUAAUGGCGGAAAACAAUGCUUCACAAAUCUACAAUUCUGUAAAUUCACAUUUGUGCUUCCUUCAAAGGAAGCACUGCUACCAAGUAGGAGGUAAUGACAUAUUUCACGAGACUGACCCAGUGAAGUACUUAGUGCUGUAUCAAAAUGGCUCGAGUCCCGACUGAAAACUCUGCUUUCACCCUCCCUUCAAGCCUUGGAAGAAGCUACUGGUGCCUGCUUUUCUCAGCUUUGUGCAGGGAUUAUAGCUGUUUUCUAAAAGCAAACUGAAAUGCACAGUAGCAUCAGAAUACAAGUUAAGACCACUCCUCCUAGUCAGCAGGUAGCCCAAAACACAGUUGUGAAGUCCUGUUCUACCUAUAAAUAGGAACGGAGAGUGGAAUGUUUUCAUUAUACCUGAGGCUGAUUCGCCACUGAGGUGGUUUUCAGUGUAGUACCACAAAAGAGUUGGAUCACCUGUUGACUGACGGUAUUCUGCUCCCUGGGCUUCCCAGGGGGAAUGCUAUCAACAUUAAGGCAAACCUGUGAGUGCUCUCUUUAGAAAUGUACCUUACAGUCAACGCAGCACACAAACAAAGCCAAACAGAGUCCGCUAUUGUAAGAUUACAUUUAAAACAAAAACAAGAGUUGCUGUUAGUGCUCUCCACUUUUAUAAAAGCUCACGGCCAGUUACAGGAAGGAGAGCAGAGCUCUGGACUUCUCAAAAUCCAAUUCUGGCACCUAGGAAUCGCAAAAUCGCUUUCUAACACUGCUGAGAGUGCAUUAUUUUAAGCUGGAGCAAAACAUUCAGAUAACUGAGUAAGUGUGUUGCCCUUGAAGCUGCUCCACAGAUACGCCACAACUCAAUAGGGCUGUGGGCGGCACUGUAAAAAAAAAAUCCAGAGAAAGAGGAAAGCAGCAAGAUGAUACCAUGGGGGAAAGGAACAGAGUUAAGUACCUCAUAUCUCCCUUUCAGAGCAAAUCCCACACCUGGUGAUUUGGAAAAAACAAACGAGUUUCUCCUUUUCUCCUCUUCCAUCACUUUCAGUUCUUUUCCCGUGGCUCAUCAUUCAGCACAAACAAACAAAAAGCCAACCAGGAGGAAGGAAAGGAAUGUAUAGAUGUUGAACACCUGAGAAUGAGGGGGGUAGAAUGGAGUCGCAGUGGCCAUAAAUAUAGCUGUUCUGUCGAGGACUAGUAGUAGCAGCAGUGAGCAAGUGUGAAGAAACACAAGGAGUUAGUAUUAGAAAGGGGGGAGGGAAACCACUUAACUCUGAAAGCUCACAUAAACAAAAUGGUGAACAGAGCCGGUGCUUAUCAGAGAGAGAGAUGUGACAAGAACAGAGAUCAAGCUGCCAUAUGAUCUGCAGGAGGACCAACAUUCCCUUCCCCUGGAAUUCUUUAGAAUACCAUCCUUCAGUGGACAGUGCACACAGACUCAGUGGUGGCCUGGAGACCCAUUCACAUGUGCUUCAGAUGAAGGAGACAUUUCCGUGCUGUACAGGCAGUCCAAGUAAACACCAGCAAUCUCUGAAAUCAUAUUCCUGUCAGGGAUGGCUUGGGCCAUGCCAUAGAUGGCACCCUAUAAAAGUCAAAACACAACAAAAAGUCAGUAAAUGCGUCCAAGCUGCUGCUGCUGCUUCUUUGCAAAUGCAAGACGCUCCUGCUGAAAUUCAACCCAAAGCAUCCCCUUAGAAUUUGAGGGUCGUCUUACCAGGCCAGUGGUCUUGCCCUCGGGGAACUUCAUGAUCUCAUGGACACAUUCUUUGAUGUCGUUCAGCAGCCGUUCAACCACCCCAGGCUUCGUGUGCACUUGGGUUAAGCAAAAAUGAAUACUAGGGAAGGAGAUAAAAAGACAAAAAAUUAGCUUUGUUCCCAAUAGUGCUGUUCUGUUUCACAGGCGUUUGUACCUAUCCUUUCCUUUAGUUCUAGAAAACUGCUGGAAGAUCCGAGGAGCAUCUUUUAUCCAUACACAAUGCUCACCUGUGUGGAAUACAGCAGCCGUUUUGGUUUUCGAACAGACUGGAGCUGGCUGUAAAUUUACAAAAAUGCAAAAGGAGGCGCUGCCUCUAUGUGCUUCCUGUUUCUCUUGAGAAACCAGGCUAUUUGUUCGGAGCGUUGUGAAGCCACAGAACACCCAACGAGUCAAUACCUUUUUCACUCUGCUACUGAAAUGCAGAAGCCAUCUGUGUCAACUUUUUUGGUUUAAAAAAUAGUUUAAAAAGGAAAGUGUCUUUGUGAGAUCAAAUGCAGGAGGAGCUUCCCACCCUCCUCGCAUCGUGGCAUAAUGGCAUGUGAAUUCCUUUGCCCUUCCUCGCCAUGCCCUCACGCCCUCACUCCAGACGCUUUGAGUACUCGGGUCCCAUAGAAUGUAGUCAUUUCUAAUGUGGCUAUUGCAGUAAAGCAAUUUUUUUGGGGGGGGGGGCGCCAAAACAGCUCCUUGAUUGUUGCUCAUUCUCCUAUCUCCCAGAUGAUCAUCAAAGCACUCAGCCCACAGAGCCCAGGAUCACAAUGAGCUCACCUUGGAGGAAACUGCAGAAUGUUCAGAUUCCAUCCUCUCGUUAUUAACAUGUUUGACAACCGAUAUAUGUCAAAUUUGUCCGACCCCAAAGCAAGUGCAGACACCUCGGGAUUUCCAAAGAUGAAGAGGUUGUCAAUUUUCCGCAGCCUUAAAAAGAUGCAUGUUUUAAAAGUUUACAUUAUUACAGUAUUAUUGAAUUUACCCAGAGGUCUCGGAGCGGUUGGCAGAACAAAAUCAAAAUAGUCCUAUUGCCUUUUUAUACUGAUUUUAAAAAAAUGAUGCAUACACCCUAAUUGUUGUCAAAGGCUGGCUUCCCUCCCUCUAAAUUCAGAAAAACCCUCAAUCUUCCCCUAAAAGAACACAGAAAGCAGUUACUGAUCAGUGUCACCCUUCUUCCCCUCCAGAACAGCUGAAAGGAGCAGUUCGGAAGCUUUCCCAGUGUCGCUUAACCACGGUUUCAAGUUGGCUCAUUUCACACAAACAGAAGGUUGAUAAAUAAGCCACUGUUAAAGGAAAAUGUAAGCAAACACUUCGAAACUCCUUGCAGCCAUGCUGACUGGAGGAGGAGAGGGAAGUAUGUGAGCUUUAGGCUUGCAUAGGUCUGUUCAUAUCACACUAAACAAUGAUUUAUUCUCAGUGGUGGGGAAGCUCAUGGUCAGGGAUGAUGGGAGCUGUAGUUCAACCACACCUGGAAGGCCAUAGCUUCCCCAUCCCCUGUCUAGCAUGGGCCAAAUUUGACAGGUGGACAAAUUUCAACCAACAUUAUGAUGUCAUGAUUGGCAGAUGGGUGGCCCCAACCAUCUCUCGAAAUCUCUAUUCGAAGCAUCUGGCUUUGCCCCCUUUAAACCCCGCACGUACUCUGCUUCGAGGAAGCGUGCAGCUGCAAUUAUCUUCCUGGUGUAUUCCACAUAUCCGUCUUCUCCUAUGUGCAUCAUCGUCGCCCAGCAAGCUGCGAUGAGGCCACCUGGCCUGGAACCAGACAUGGUAGGGGAGGCGUAGAUACCACCUGGCCAGUCAGGGGCAAUGAAGAACUGAUACUGCCGAUAUCUCUCACUGCUGUAUAGGAUCACGGAGGAGCCCUUUGGCGCAUAGCCGUACUGCAGAGGGUGAGAUGGGAGUCCGAGUUGCAAAACAAUAAAAAGCAAGCAUUUAAUACAAAUCUUCCCCCCCCCCCCAAGAAUCUGAUGGAGACUGAAUUCCACAGACAUGUUCAAACCUCUUCUGCAGGGAAUUGCAGGGCAGAACCGACAACUUAAUGAUUCCACACUGGAAUUCAGCGAUUUUUAAAAUGUUGUGUGGGUUUCCUUUUUUUCUUAUAAAGCAUUCCAGCUGCUGAAAGUCUAUGGGCAGGUGAGAGCUCGGCCAGAUGAGGGCAAAGAGCCACCUGCACCGGGAUCUCGCUCUCACCAUGGCCAACCAGAUGCCUAUAGGAAGCCUGCAAGCUAUUUAGAGUGUCUCUUUCAAAGAUAGGGCGUAACAAGGGCACAGGUGUCAACUUGCUAAAAAGACAGAGGAUCACAUCUGAAACCAAUUCCAAACAUUCUGAAGAUUAAUGUAUUAAUUAAUGCAUUUAGUCUUCUAUUAAAGUCCACUCCUUUCUUGCAAAGGUAAAUUCUCCUGCCGUGUACACAUCUGCCAUCAUGCUUAUAUACCCUGAACCUAAACAAGUUUUCCGAGAAGUGCGGUGCAAUUUAUUUGCAAGGACUUAUGUUUAGGAUUGCAGUUUAGGGCAAAUGUCCAGUGGCAUGAUCAUAAAAGUGUUCCCGUACAAAUGAACCGGAAGCAGAAUUAAAGGAACCAUGCCUGAUCCAGUCUGGAGAGUGGACAAUCAACUCAAGCUAGAUUUUCUCCAUUAAACCUGCUUAAACUCACCUUGUGCGUAUCUGCAGAAAUGCUGGUGACACCUUUCACUCGGAAAUCAAAACCCUGCUUCAGAGGGUACCCUGCCUUCUCCAUGAAGACAAUGAGAAAGCCCCCCAGGCACGCGUCCACGUGGAAGGGAAUCUUGUAUUUCAAUGCAAGCUGUGCCAAAGGGGGGGGAAUCAACUUAGUUUCUCCAGCUAAACCAAAAGCAACAAGACGGAAACUUCCUGCCAAGUGUGAACCUCAAAAGUAUCAAACCUAUUUACAUUGUUUGAAAAGACGACUGAGCAUUCUUCCCUAAAAAGAUGCAUAAUUCACCAUUCUCAAGGCAUUCUACAAGCAAGGAGGCCCUGACCAGUGGCUUCAGAUUCUGGUAGCGUCUACCGAACUCCUCCUAUUUGUAAUUUCCAAACUGUUAUCUUCCCUUUGAUCCUCAUUAAGUCAAUGAAGGGGAGAUCUGCAUCAGUACAGGGUUGCUUCGAAUCCAAAACUGAUCACAAGGAACGGUCCUUGUGAGGGCCAUGUUUUGCUCACAGUCUUCUUUUGCUGGCAAAGUCAAGGUCGCUCCGACUUCCAACUAAGUGCUUGAACAGCUCCUGCUUGGUAUUCGCACUACAGGAUACUUAAGCAGUAUGAAAUGUAGGGCACUGCCUUAUACCAAGUCAGAUCUAGCUCUAUAUGGACUGGCGGAGGUUCUCCAGAAUUUGAUGCCAAAAUAAUUGCCAUUCCUACCUAGAGAUGCCAGGAGGUUGAAGCAGGGAUAUUUGGCCUGCAAAACAUGUUCACCACCACUGAGCUGAAGCCCCUCUCUUAAGGUACAGCCUGAUUACCACCCCAAUGCCCAGGGCAGGAUUUGAAGCAUAACAUGGCUACAUAAAUUUGCACAUACAAUGUAAAUGUAUGUUUCUAACUGAGAGCCACACAUGCCAGAACAUACAGCACACUCUCUCCUGGGCUGAGCCCACACAGGUAUCUGCUCAGCAAGUCAUACGUUUUGCUAGAGCGGGUGACACUUGGUGAAAACUUGCAUUGCAGCAAGGAGGAGCAGUUGCAACACCUAAGCCCACAGAAGGUAUGGUAAUAGAACCGUUUGCAGCCAUCUUCCAAAGAUGUGGAGCUGCACUCAGCUAUAUCAGGAUCUUGCAGUCACUUUGCAAGGGAUGCGGGUUUGUAUUUAUGGACACUUGGUGCCAUGCAGGAGGCAGAUCUGUGCUUGCAGCUGGGUUUUCCAUUCAUCAACUAUGGACUGGGGGGGGGGGGACUUUGUGUGUUGAAAACAACCCCCCACCCCACCCCCACCCAAAGUAAGCAAUGUGUAUAUCAGGUUAAAGUAGCACAAAGGUAGUUACCUCUGCGACCUCCUCAAUUGGGUCCAUGACUCCAUGAGGAAACUGCGGUGCUGAGCAGACCAGCAUGGCUGUAUUCUUGGAAAUGGCUCUCUUCAUUGCCUG